AAUUAAUGGCAACAAUAAAUCUUCAAUUAUAAAGAAAGUAGUUAGCAAAUGUAAUAUGGCUAACCCGUGGACCAAACCGCCGGUAAUUUUGUACAAACAAUUCAAACUAUUAAACGAUACGGUGCUAACCAUAAAAAUCAAUCAAACUAUACAAGCUAAAUUGAAAUUUCUACUGGGAUAUUGUAAACGUCUAAAACAAUCAACAAAUCUAGACUAUCUGUCCAAAGUUUACGUCAAACUAGCAAACUAUUUACAAUCGUCGGAACAAACGGCAUUGAUAUCAAUUGUCGACGACAACAACGAAUUUGUGGACAAUAGUACUGAAAAACAUUUGAGCCUGGUACAAUUACAAAACUAUCUGGAUUAUUGGUUCAGAUAUGUUUAUCUAUACGGUACAAAUGAUUGUCCACUAGAGGCUUAUAAAAAUAUUAGUAGUGUUGGCAAUGCUAGUCAAUUGGUUAGACAAUUAAUGGUUGUCCGUGGGAAAUUGUUUACGAAAUUACAACAGUUAAUCGAUAGCGAAAAACUAGAUAAGGACAGGGAGUUUUGGGCACCGAUACAAACUAAGAUUUUGAAUUACUAUAAAAAUUCAUCAAAACUUAUCGAUGAAGCUAUUAAUAAAUUGGUACCCAAUUUGUUAAAAAUAAAAACAUUACAGUUUCUGGUUAUCGACACUGAAUUUCUAAUGAGAGGUUAUAGUAAUUAUAAAGAGAAUUAG